GAUUAAAGGUAAUUGCAAAUUUCCUUCGACUUGACUUCUCAGUGUUUUGCAAAUUAGAGCACUUUUGAGCGAGGCUACCGACGGAUUGAAGUUUGAUACCCUAGUUUUUGCACAUAUUUGGAUCUUCAAAGUUUACAAUUGAAACAAGAAAAGAAGUGAUUCAGAUCCUCCAUAGUGUGAGAUACUUACAUAAAAUGGCAGAACCGCUUCCUGACCUAGAUUAUCCUCGCUGGAACAAUCCAGUACUAGAUCAGAGAUACUAUCGUUGGAACGAACUUUUUGAUACGAUGAACUUUGAUGACGAUAAAUCUCUUGGCAAGAUUCUUCAAGCUGCUGCGGCAGCGGAGCGAUUUCAUCCCUUCAAUCUCAAGCUCAUUGAAGGUACCCACUUGAAUGAAUUUGAAAUGAUUGGAGUUCGUGACCUUUCAUAUGCGUUCAACCGGAAUCUUCUCUGUCGUGAUAUAGUGCGCCACCUUAUACUAUUCUCUAGAUAUGACGAUAAGAUCUUCACUCUUGGAAAAGCAACAAAAAUUUGCACGGAUAUGCUCAAGAUCACCAACUUGAGCCCUGUACGCCAGCCAGAUAUUUAUCUCCAGGUUCGUAGAGAAUUCUGUCGUUUAGCGCCCGACCUAGAAGAUCUUGAUGAAGAUGAAGCGGAGGCAGAGCUUGAUCGCUGGGCACGUUGGGGGUAUCUUGAAACACGGAAAGGCACGGGAACUGGAAUUAGACAAUACACUCAAGGACCGGACGAUGAAUCAGUAUUUUCUGAAAGCAUCAACAUCAAUGUGGAAAAUAACUGGGAAGUGUCUUAUCAGAUGAAUGCAGCAGAAGCUGAAACAUUUACGGCGGCGAAGGCUCUCGUUUCGAUGAAAGCACAGGGAAGUGCAAGUGGUCUGGGCAUGAACUCUGUUUCAAAUCCGCAGAAACAAAUUUCUAAUAAGAGAAAGCGCGAAGAGCCAUAUGGUGGGCCAAAUAAUGAAUGAACUCCACCUCACAACGGAACCAAUCUCCAACAACUUAUCA